AUGGCCUGCCACUUGCCCGUGGAGCUUGAACACAAAGCAUACUGGGCCAUUAAGAAGCUGAACAUGGAUCUUGAAGUCGCCGGUGAGAAAAGACUUAUGCAGUUGAAUGAGUUAGACGAGUUCAGGCUACAUUCUUAUGAAAAUGCCAAGCUAUAUAAAGAAAAGACAAAACGAUGGCAUGACAAGCAUAUCAAACAACGUCACUUUGAGCCAUGCCAACAGGUAUUGUUAUUUAACUCUAGACUACGGCUGUUCCCUGGGAAGCUAAAGUCGAGAUGGUCAGGUCCUCUUGAGGUGGUGCGAGUCACUCCUUAUGGUGAAAUCGAGCUGCGAGCUUUAAAUGGUGAGAGAACAUUUUUGGUGAAUGGGCAUAGAGUCAAGCACUAUUGGGGAGGAAUGAUUAAUCGUGAAAAGACCAAGGUUGUACUCGCUGAUGAGUAA